UAAAAUUAGAAGUCACAGCCUUCCGUAAGUUCCGUGUGUGUUGCGGAAAAAUCCCUUUUUGGGCGUCCGACCACAUGUGUGAAUAGUGAACAAAAUAUGGUUCUAUUAUGAUUUUAUGUUAAUAGGAGCGUAUUUCAUAGUGAUCGGUACACGACUUCGAUAGAUAAAGUGCGUACGGAUCGUUCAGUGUGCCAGAAAAGUUGGAACAAGACGACGGAAGUGCAUUUUUUUCGAUGUAAAUACGGUCCAACCAGGGUCAGUCCGGUGUGGUACGAGAGGUUCGCGCAUAUUUCCCAGCGUACGACCGUGUGUGCGCGCCACUGGGACGUGUGAGUUACUCGUGAAUAAUUCGACCUUCGCACUGUUCGAUCGGGCCGUUUUCAUCGGGAAAGUUCGUUCGAAAUUAGUGGGUUAACCCCAUCAUGCCGUCGUGUUGAGGGGCAUGGAGGCGCGCUCGUGAUCGUCUGUCGGCGCGGAGCGCGCGCCCGGGCUUACAUAACGAGGGCAGCGGCGGCAUGGCCGCCCGCGUGUCCGCCGAGGGCGCAGGACCCUCUUACGCGUCAGUGUUGAACUUUAGAGGGGGUGACAGCAAUAAGGAGAACAUUGAGGCCGCGCCGGGCGAAGUGUCAGACGCGCCUCCCACCAAGCAGGAUGACGAGGAGGAGGAGGGGUUCGUGCCUGUGAUAUCGCACGGCCGCCGUCCAGGCAAGGGUCGAAGGCACCCGGAGCGUAGGGCUCCGCCCCGCCCGCAGAAGGCGCCGGCCCCGCAGUCGGAGCCGCAGCCGACUCCCGAGCAGCAGCAGCAGUCGUCUGAGAGUCAGCCGAAGAAGUUUGUUGAGGCACCAAUACCUAAAGUGAACCCUUGGCAGACGUCAGACACCCCAUUGCAGGUGCGAGGAGGCAGUACAGGAGUGCCGCCCCCAGCGGCUCCAGCUAUGAUUGAACAGGAAAAGAGAUCACCUCUUCAGCCUCAGCAGCAAGGAAGAGUGCAGCCAGAACCAGUGGUUGUGUCGGCGCCCGCGCCGCCCAAGCCGGCGAUUGUCAAGGCUCCGAAGCACGCGAAAGUUAAUCAAAAGGCAUCAGAUUUCACAGACAUAGGCGACUGGCCGACGCUCGGCGCGGCUGUCUCCGGAGGCGCGAGGUGUCACUCCACACCGCCUCCCCAUGAUGCUGAUCCCGCUCACCACAAUGGGAAUGCGGAACAGGAUCGCAAACCGCCAGAGGAACCUCAUCAUCAGCAGCCUUCCAAGCCCGAGAAGGUGGAGACGACGCACAAUCACCAGCACAACGACAGGCACCAUGAUAAACACCUCGACAAGGCUAAGAGUUCAGGGGCCGGCAAGGGUGGCAGCAAGUCGGGCAAGCACAAGUGGGUCCCGCUAGACAUCGACGUGAAAGCCGCGCGCCCCGGCAAGCACGGGCCCCAGCAUUCCACCAGACCUGAGAAUGACACAGUAUCCCUAAACGGCGAAGACUCGCGGUCCCGCGGCGCCGCGCGGUCUCGCGGAGCCCGCGGAGGAGCACGCGGCGGUCGGCGCUCCGCCCCGCGCCCCGCGUCCGCGCUGCCGGCGCUGCCGCCGCACCAUCACGUGUAUCAUCACGCUCAUGACUUCCCUCACCAUCCGGAUUUGGCUCAGCUGCGGGUCUCAGCGGGCGGAGUGGCGCAGGUGGUGGUUCCCUUCGGAGGCCUGGCGACCAUCGGGGCUCCGCUAGCGCCUCCAUUGGCGCAGGCCUUCUACUAUGGGGCUGCGGCCGCUACGGCUGCUCCGUACGGGAUUGGUCUUGAUCAUGCUACGUUAAAGGAUCUUAUUAAGAAGCAGAUCGAAUACUACUUCAGUCCGGACAACUUAGCUCGGGACUUCUUCCUCCGUCGCAAGAUGAGCGCGGACGGCACAAUCCCCGUCACGCUCAUAGCGUCCUUCCAUCGCGUCCGAGCUCUAACGCCCGAUGUGCAGCUCGUGCUUGACGCUAUACGGGACUCUGAUAAACUGCAGCUUAUAUCUGGAUUUAAGGUCAGAACAGCAUUCGAACCAACAAAAUGGCCGAUCCUAGACAUAACAUCAGGUACAAACGCCGAAGAGGAAAAGUCAACCCAACCCGACGACAAGCCGAAGUCUUCCGAAGAUAAACCGAAAGCGCCCGAAGAUGACGUCACAGUGGAGACAGCGAAGGAAGAGGCGCCCAGUAUAGAGACGAAAGUUGAUAGUGUGGAAAUUGAGAAGGUGGUUGAGAAACCUGUUGAGGAGUUGAAAGAAGUUGCUGUGGUUGCUGCUGUUGAAAAUGUUGAGCCACAACCAACAAAAACAGAAGAAACAAGCAAUAAACCCGAUUCCGAAGUAAAAGAUGAUAAGCCACUUGAUAAACCUGAGUCACCUACAGGCGAUAAGCCAGUCGAUCCUGCCGACGAUCCGCCUUUACAAUCCGAAGGCGGUGAUGAAAAACCUGGAGAGAAACGACGCAAGAAGCAAAUGGUGGGCAUAUUCCCUCUGCCCACGAUGGGAGGGCCGCUAGUGGCGCCCGUUUCUUCUCUGCUCAGAGCCGUACCGCCGCCACCCUUACCCAGAAUGUUCCGCACGGGUCGCGGCGGCGCGGGCGCGGGCGCGGCGCCUCACGACCCGCUCAACCCCGACGUGCCGGAGUUCGUGCCGCUCGCCAAUAGGCAUGAAGAGUGCAACGACAAAUCAGACAGUCAGGACGACAGACCGGCGUCAGGCAACUCGAGUCCGAAUUCGGAACAAGUUUGGACUGAGGUAAAAAGGCGCACAAAAGCGGGUUCCCGCGAGCGGGCCGCAGCCCCGGCCGACGCUGAGCAGCGCGAGGAGCUGCACUUUCAGCUCGACGAGGAGCUGGACCUGCCGCCGCCGAGGCACAACACCUUCACUGACGCUUGGUCUGAUGAUGAAUCCGACUUAGAGUUCACGGACCGCGACGUGGGGCGGCUGCUGAUCGUGACGCAGACGCCCGCUCGCCCGCCCAAGCACGACGGACACGACCGACAGGGCGACUGGAAUACUAGGACCAAGAUCACACAGGAUUUGGAGCAGGUUAUCACAGAUGGACUCAGACGAUAUGAAGAAGACUUAUGGAAUGAUACGGAUUACCCCUCGUCAUACGGUAGCGGUAACCAAUACCGCACCGUGUCUCUCAUCAGCCGGUCGGCGUUCGAAGCAGCCGUGCCGGCCGAGCGGCAUCACAACCCGGCCGAACCGCCGCCGCCCCCACCCAGGCCGCAACAGGUGGAACAACAUGAGCAGUCGAAUAAGUCGAAGCGGCCGCGUCGCACGGCUCGCUUCUACGCCGCCAACAAGGACCCACAUGCUACCGAUGUUAUAAGUAGCCGCAAGCACAAGACUCGUCACAGCCUCAACCCGCCGGUGGAACACCACGUGGGAUGGAUCAUGGAUAUACGCGAGCAUAGAGCCAGGACGCAUAGUACUGGCUCGUCACUAGGCACAUCACCGACCCUGGGUUCGUCAUGCGGCUCCAUGCCGCAGUCGCUGCCGACCUUCCACCACCCGAGCCACGGCCUCCUCAGGGAGAACCACUUCACGCAGCAGGCCUACCACAAAUACUACUCGCGCUGUCUUAAAGAGCGCAAGAAGCUGGGUAUCGGCCAGUCACAGGAAAUGAACACCCUGUUCAGAUUCUGGUCGUUCUUCCUCAGGGAUCAUUUCAACCGCAACAUGUAUAAUGAAUUCAGAUCACUAGCGAACGAAGACGCUUCGGCCGGUUUCCGCUACGGGCUCGAGUGUCUAUUCCGCUUCUACUCGUACGGGCUCGAGCGCAAGUUCCGGCCCGAGCUCUACCAGCACUUCCAGAUCGAGACCAUCGCUGAUUAUGAGAAAGGUCAACUAUACGGCCUGGAGAAAUUCUGGGCGUUCCUAAAGUACUACAAGCACGCGGGUGCUCUACAAGUGGACCCCAAGCUGCAAGGAUACCUGGAGAACUUCCAGAGCAUCGAGGACUUCAGAGUUUUGGAGCCGCAGCUGAACGAGCUGCUGGCAGCGGCGGGUCCCGCGGCGCCGGGGCGCGGGCCGCACGCGCGUCCGUAUGAUCGCACCCGCUCUGUUUCCGAGAGCGACCGCGCCGCCAUCGCGCAUAGGGCUGCCAGCAAUAAGUACGUGGGCGGCAACCGUCCGUCCGGUAACAACAACAACAACCGCGGCCGCGCCGGCUCCUGCGGCGCUCAGAGCGUCGUCGCCAAUGCUAGGCCUAGACCAACGCCAAAAACGAAGCAAGAAGAACCGAAACAGCUGUCAGCGAAACAGUGAUUGUUGUACAUACUACAGACUAAUUGUGCGUUGUGCUUAACACCAUAGUUAAACGUUAAUCGGAUGCAUUUUCUUUUUCUAUAUAUAAAUAAAUAAAUAAAGUUAAAAACAAACUCUAUUCAUAGUGCUGUGACACUCUGUGGUUUGAAGUCACUCGAUGGUUAUAUGCGGAGCCUAGCUUAUAUGCAUUGACAAUAAGCAACGCUAUGCUCUAUGUUCACGCGUUAUCAAUUUGACAUCUAUAUAGCUAGAGUAAGUACUACCAUAUAAACGAUAUAUAUAUUUAUAUAUUUUUGACAUUGUAUAAAAAUAACGACAUUCAUCUUGAUAAAAUUCAAAAUGACAUAAAAAAAAAUGAAUAUUCUGUCGUAGUCUUUGGUAGGUUAAGUAUUUUUUAUCUGUGGCGACUCUGGUGCUGCGACAUCGACAAUCCUCGCAUUUUUUUUGUUUAUCCGCCAUUUUGGUAUCUCGAGUUGUCGUGAGUCUCGAGGUUUUAGAAAUAAUUACUCAUACGAGUUGCUUCUUUAAAAAGCUUGAGUGGGAUUAUAGUUGAGUGUAUUUCAGUAAUUACUAAGUGUUUGUAUGUAUAAGUCGAGUUGAAUAUAAUGAACUCAUACUUGAGUCGUACUCACUCAAGUUUUUGAAGCGAAUUCAAAGUUGGACUCACUCAUUUUUCACCUCGAAUCGUGUGUGAGUGGGACUCUAUCGAGUGAGUUGACACUCACACUCGAACUCACGCACUCACUCUAAAUACAAUUGUUUGGAUCUCUAGAUAAAGGAAUAAAACUAGACUGUAUGCAGCAAUCAUAAAAAAAGUGUUUUUUAUAAACUGUACAGCCGUGUUAUUGUAAAAAAAAAGAUGUAUAAUUGACAGAAGACUGGAAAAAAGUUCAGAAUUGCGAGAAAAAAAUUACAUGUAGAGAGAUUGGGUAUUCAUAGCACGAUGUUGAAAAUACUUAAUGAAUUUAUUUAGUAUACUCUUUUUGUUUUGUAUGCGGACUUAGGCGAUGCGAUUCGAGCAUGCUUUUAGGUAUUUAGAAUUCUAGUAAUUCUUAGAUGCAGCUAAAAUUUCAUCUUACGUAAAUAGUUUACCUCUUUCGUUCAAUUUGUAAGUUGUCUUAACAGUUCUGAUAUUUUGAUGUUGUCAAAAAGGAUUGCUAGUCAUCCUAUAUUAUUCUAGUUCUAUCAAGAAAGCAAGAACAUGUAUCUAUCUUUGACAAAGGGCUUGUGAGUCUAGCAAACGUCUUGUCUGCACUUUAAAAAUCUGUUGCACAUAGCUUCAUUAAAGUUAAAGCUUCUUAAAAUCUAUUGCUAACUCUUUUUUUGACAACUAGAUAAAAAGUGUCAGCAAUAGAUUUAAUGAAGCUUUAACUUUAAUGGAGCUUUGGGCAACUGACGCUUAGUGUUUGACAAGGAACUUUUUCAAAAUUGACAUGUCAUGAUGUCAUACUAGAAUUCUAUUUACCUAAAAGAUGUUUUAAUACAAUCUAACAGUUACGCCAACAUGUCCGUCAAAUACUGCCACUUGUAUUUAAUAACUCUGAGCACACAGUUACUUUAGUUUUUAACCGCGUUUCUAACUGUUGGAAAUAAAACGUUUGUUCUAACUGUACAGUUAAACUUUGUAGUUUUAUCAACGAAAUAUAUUUGUAUAGGAAUGAUUAAACAACUCGAUUUGACAAAGAGUUGUUAUGCAGAACAGUUUUGAAGAGAUUUGGUUACGACUGGUCAAUUUAGUGGGUACAUUAAUGUGUAAGACGUGUAUUCUGGCUUAAUUUAUAACUAAGUAAAACCAGUAAUACUAAAACCAUACAGAUAUUUGUCGUAAUCGAAAGAAAGCUUUACAACUAUGAUAUUAAGAGUCAAAUUGCAGUAGUGUUUCAUACAUUUUAAAAACAAAAAAAUGUAUGAAGCACAUUUUCGUGUCGUGGUUAAAACUGUUCUGAAUCCCGUUGGAUCCGAGACUCAAGUCCCAUAAGGGCAAACUAUAGGCUGAUUAUAUUAUAAAGUUAAAAGCAAAUCAUAAACUUUGGUGCUAUUAUGUAAAAUUGUUUAAGACAACCGUUUUAUUUCCAAUACAUAUUGUGGAGUGAUUUUCAAUUAAUAACUUAGUACAGUUGCGUGCAAAAAUAUGUACAUGAUUAGCAAAAAAGUGGUAUGUCGGUCCUCCUUGUGAUCUCUCUCCGGUGGUGUCGGAUUGCCGUCCCAUCGCGCUAUGAGAGUGAAGGAAUAGUGUGUAGUGAGUCCAAGCAAAUGCUCGUGCACUAUGUCCUGCGCAGCUGGCUGAUCUCUUUAUAUGAGAACAGCCGCAGUAGCCGAUAAUCGGAUGAUCGGAUUUUUGCAUGUCACUGUAAAUUUUUUCGUGUUACUGCCAAAUACUAUUUGGCAGUAAAUACACGUUUAAUUUUCGUUUAUUUCACAAAAACAGAGAAAGAAGUCAAGUGACAUGGAAUGGAUUUUUCAGAAUGGAUUUGAAUGAUCAGAUAUAGGCCAUUGGAAAUAAUGUGUUGUGUUAAAGAAAUUGAAUUAUUAUCUUUAACAUGACAUAAAUAAGGAAAGAUAAAGAUUAAAGAUGAAGGCUGAUAGAAUGACAAAGGAAAUUUUAAAAAUUAAUUGAAAAUCAUUUCACAAAUCGAAAGUUUUAAACUAACUUGCUCAAGUUUUUUCUUUUAUGUAUGAGUGUGUUUGUGGUAUGUUCAAAGUUGAAAUCCGAAUUGAAUUUAGAGAAUGUCAACAGCGGCCUUAUAUAUACUAAUGAAGAAAAUAUUAUGAAGUUUCCAAAUAUUUUUGUCUUGCAGUGUAGUGCUUUGAAAUUCUUGCCAGGUUAUCAGGUUUUUUUUUUGUACUUUCAUAUUAUUUGUUCUACCAAAUAAUAGUUUGAAUGAAGUCAGAUUGUUUUUCAAUUUUGGUUAUUUGAUUUCUCCUAUCCAAAGAUAUGUUUUUAAUUUUCGCUGCCGACUGUAUGAAGUCGGCCGCAACUGCACUACUGGUUUGUAUGUAUUUACAUGAAACCGUUUUGGAUCGAAACGGCAGCAGCACGUGCAGUCGCUCUCAGAUAUCGAUGACAGAUGUCAGAUAUUGAUGACAGAUGACAGAUGUCAGAUAUGUGACAGCAACUGCACAUGCUGCAGGCAGUUGCAGUCGGCAGCAGGAAUUAAAGCUAACCUUUUUAGAACACAAAUACAGAUUGAUGCUUUAAUCUUAAAUAUAUCAUGUUCGUUAGUAAUAAUGUGAGAGAAAGAUAUUUCAAGUUUCUUUAAAAUCGAUUCGGAUUGAAUACCUAGCCAAUAAACGUUAUAAUAAAUAUUUAAAAAUACUGUAUAGGAUUCAUAUAAACGAAUGUUGGUGUGCGAAAUGGCUCCUUUUAAUUAUUUUUUCGUAGUAUUUAAGUGUGCUUUUAUUUUUUAUUAUUAUUAUUUUUUUGUUGUGCAGUGUGUACGUGGUAUGUCUUUAGAGAAAAAAAAAAGAAAAAAAUAGACAAAAAAAAUGGCUGCUGAUAAGUCGUUAGAUACAGCUUUCACCCGUUAAUAUUCACCGAUUGUAAAGUAUUCACUGAAAAAAGCUUUUUACAGAAACCCGUUGUUAUAUUAUACAUAGGUUAUAAAUAUUUUUGUAAUUACGACAUACCGCGCACCCAUUGCAAUUUGUUUAAUAAUAUAUAUGUAUACCUACACUAGGAUUAAUGAGUAAAAUAAAAAAAAAAUACAUGUAGUCUGCUUAGAUCGCUUCGACCCGAUGAUGAUAUAGUUCCUAUACGCGAUUAUGAUUAAAUAUGUUUUUUUAAGGUCUUAAUAAAAAAAAAGUUAGUUGGCAUAGAAACCUUAGUUUUGUAAGAUGUAAAAAUACUAAAAUUUUUGAGUUGUAGUAACUGGAGAUAACAUUUUUUUGCUUUUCCUAUUGGUUGUCCUAGUCUUUCAUUGAUAAUAACUUACCAUGGAUUACAAAGUCAGUGUUUAGUUUGCAAUAAGUUACUGCUUCUUCAUACGGACAAUACUGUUGCAAAUUUUCAAAACUCAUGUUUAAAACAUUGGGUCAAAAUAAUGCUUUUUCGACCUAUGUGGACUGGAAUCAAAUCUUAAAAUCUAAGGUUUCUAUGUCAACAUAAAAACCAUUUAUUUCCUCCCGUCCUUUAAAAAUAGAAGCAUUUUAAUUAAUGUUAACCAUAGUUAAAUUUGUAAUUCAUUUUUUGUAUUGAAACAAAUAUAAUUGAAGCGAUCGAUAGCUGAGCGUCGCAUUUAUAUGUGGGACACAAACUGUGUAUUACUGUUACAGCCUUUUUAUCGUCCCACUGCCGGGCACAGGCCUCCUCUCACACGGGGAAGGACUGAGCAUUAAACUAUGUAUUAAUGACGAGAAAAAUCGAGAUUUUCGAAAGACCAUGAUUCUUAUUAAUAAUUUCCCUGUCCUAUGGGUCAUAUGUGAUACACACCAAUUGUUUAACUACUUUUGUCUGCUUCGUGGACAGUGAAGUGGUUAACCCCUGCACUCAGAGACAUUUAAUGGUUACUUAAGCCGUUCCUCAGUGCAGAAUUUCUAUGAGAAUCUGUCACUAAGGAGUGACUUAAGUAAUCAUUAAAUGUCUCUGAGUGAGUCCGUAAGUCCUAUAGAAAAUUAAUCAUAUUUUUGUUUGUAAAAUUGAAAUAUAAUAACUAGUUUUCUUUUUCAAUAGAUUCUUUGUGAUUGGUUGAAAAUGCAUUUUGUAUUGGUUUGUAGAAGUUGGAUGCUUAGUAAAAAGUGUAGCGUUUGAGAAUAAUUCUGAAAAUAGCGUCAUUUAUUUUGGUAAUCGAAGGGUAUGUGAUGCACUAAUUUUUAUUCUUUUAUUUGAAGUAAUAAUGAAGAAUAGUUAGUCCUUUAGCUGCAUCAUAUGACUGUUUUCAUGAGAAAAAAAAAAUUCGUACUUGUCUUUUCAAAAUAGUGUACUGACGGUAAAGUAUGUCAAAAACUAUACUAUUUUCUAGAAGUCCAAAAUAUUUUGAAAAUCUUCUCUCUACAGUCAGCACUGUUUAUAUCUGUCAAAAUUUGCCAUAGUCUUCGCCUAAUUGCCAUGGUGAAAAUACAUAAAAGAAGUCUGUAUUUCUUAAAACAACUCUUCACUUUGAAAAUUGAUUGUGAAAAUUCAUAUUAAACAGUUGUUUUUAGAGUACUAAAGUUUAUGUUGUUUGUGAAGUUGUCGUGUAUUUCAGAAUUAUUGGCAAAUGUCAAGUUUCCCGCGUAUAAAUGCGACGCCAUGGAAUUCUUAUGGCGGGAUAAUCGUUAAGUUGUUUUUAAGUUAAUUCGUUGCAAUUUUUUUUUCGUAUUGUAAGUGCGCCAAAGGUGUUGAAGACAAAGUGUUGAAAGGAUAACACUUAGGUUUACUGUAUAAAUGAAAAAUAUAAAAAAAAUAUCUUGCUAGUAAAGUAUAAGGCUUGGUAAUAUUAUUGAUGCUAUGCAGUAUGGCGGACGGACGCCAUUUUGGAUGCUUCAAAGGUGUCUAUGAUUACUUCCGUCCCCCAAACUGUAGGUGACCAUAAAGUAGGUUCAAUAUCUCCAGUGCAUUAAAUAUUUUGUUGUCGAUUUUUUUUUCGGUAAAAAAAAAACUUUGGUUGUUGUAAAAUAAUUAAAUAAAAAAAAUAAUUGCGUAGAUGUUUCAAAAAAAAAUUAGUCAAUGUAGGUAGGGUUAGUUCAGAAAUUAAGUAAAAAUUGUUUUUUUUUUAAGAUUUGCUUCGUCGGAGUGACGUAGACAGUAUGUAUUUGAUUCACGAGUUUUUAAAAGAAAUUUGCAUUUUAGCUAACACUGUCUUGUCGCCGGACGUGGUAAGUAAGGCUGUAAGUUAAAUAUACAUAUUAUAUUUGAAGUAAAUAAAUUAAUAAUAAAACCACAAA